UCCCUGCCUGCCUUAAUAAUCUUCCAUAAACAACAGUAGGUUAGUUCAGCUUUAACAGUAUUUCACUCUCCUGUGCUCACACAGUGAUGUCACUGGCCUGCGGACAUCUCCACACUGUCUCUUUAAUUUCAGUGCAGUCCAGGGGGCAGGAUCGUGAGGUUUUCCUUCUUGCAGCAACCACAGCAGCAGCAGAUUGAAUGAAGUGUUUGCAGGCUGCUGGCCACACGGAGGACACCGUGCUGGCCUGUUCAAGAUGCCAGAGAUGUACAGCCAGAAUGCUUCAUUAUGUUGUUGUUUUUAGCUCUUGAGAGGGCGGCCCCAUUUCUCCAUUAGCCUCUCUCUAUUUCUUUUUAAAAGAAAGCUGCAGGGCCUUGAGAAAGCAAUCUCCGCCUUGAUGGUAUCUGGACAGCAGCAGCGCACUGCACAGGCGACUGGCAGCUCUCUGCACGGAUGAUAAAGAACUUGGGAAAGGAAAUGGUCAAGAUGGCAGCUGUGUACGGAGUGAUAAAGCUGAUGUGGUGGCAUUAGGUGUAGUAAUUUUUCAUUUUCUUUGGCAUGCACGUCGCAGGAUCGCGGUGCAGGACGCGGGCGCUUGUAAAGGAACGCCGUUUGGAUUCCUCCAAAGACUCUCCGCUCACUCUUCGUAUCUUUAACCCCACAUUUUGCGAAAUUGCAAUGCACGUUGGCCAGGGUGUGGGCUGUGCACGAGAAAAGGCAAUGUUUUGUUAAUGCUGGUCAGCCCGAUCAGCUCUGUGUGCUGCGGAUAGACGCCUUGCAGGAGGACAGAUAGACAGACACGUGCUGGGACUGGGCUGCAGGCUGGACAUUUGCAUACCGUGCAUAGUAAAUAAACUGUCUCCGAAAGCUGCACACAACAUUGAUGGAAUGCGACCUGAGUGAUUUUAUAACCCUUUGUGCAGCGACCGAGAUAUUGCGAUUAACAUGGCUGAGGCGCCGCGCAACGAGCCUCCCUUAAACGUGGAGAUAGAUCCGGAUUUCGAGCCCCAGAAGCGGCCACGGUCCUGCACUUGGCCCCUGCCCCGUCCGGAGUCUGGUGCGGACAAGCCCGGGACAAAUGACACUGACGUAAUCCCCGAAGAGGAGGAUGAUGAGGGUGGCAGCACGGAGAAAGCCAGCGAUGUUGUUAAACCCCGUGUGCAGAGCGGCAGCAGCAGCUCCGUCUCCCAGCCUGUGGAGGUCCAGCGCGGCCCCUGCAAGGAGGAGGCCGCCGAUGGCUCGCCUUCCUCGGCUCAGACCCCCGCAGCGGCUCUGGGCGGCUCUGCCUCCCAGCAGCUGAGGAAGUCAUCCGCCCGCAGGAACGCCUGGGGCAACUACUCCUAUGCAGACCUCAUUACCCAAGCCAUCGAGAGCACACCGGAGAAAAGGCUGACCUUGUCCCAAAUCUAUGACUGGAUGGUGAGGUCUGUGCCAUAUUUCAAGGACAAAGGCGACAGCAACAGCUCUGCAGGCUGGAAGAAUUCUAUCCGACACAAUCUGUCCCUCCAUAGUCGUUUUGUGAAAGUCCAGAAUGAAGGAACAGGGAAAAGCUCCUGGUGGAUGGUCAACCCAGAGGGUGGGAAGGGAGGCAAAGCUCCCCGACGACGUGCCGUAUCGAUGGAUAACAGCAAGUACAUCAAAGGAGCGAGAGGACGCGCCACCAAGAAGAAAGCCUCGCUGCAAGCAGCUCAAGACGGCAGCUCAGAGAGCUCCUCCAGCCUCUCCAAAUGGACAGGAAGUCCCACCUCCCGCAGCAGCGACGAGCUGGACGCCUGGACAGACUUCCGCUCUCGGACCAACUCCAACGCCAGCACACUCAGCGGUCGUCUGUCCCCGAUCCUGGCCAACCUGGAGCUGGACGAGGUGCCCGACGACGACUCGCCCCUCUCCCCGAUGCUGUACUCCAGCCCCAGCAGCAUGUCCCCAUCCACGGGGCCCACGGGCCUCUCCGACCUGGCAGGAACCAUGAACCUCAACGACGGGCUCUCUGACAACCUGAUGGACGACCUUUUAGACAAUAUCAGCCUGACAGCAUCCCAGCAGCCUCCUCCUGGAGAGGAAGACAACGGAGCCAACGGUCAGGCGUCAGUGUUUACCUUCAGCUGCUCGGGAAGCAGUCUGGGGAGCCCUUCAGGCAGCUUCGGGGCCAACCCUCUUUUUAGCCCGCCGUCCAUCACGAGCCUGCGUCAGUCGCCCAUGCAGACCAUCCAGGAGAACAAGCAAACCACCUUCUCCUGCAUCUCGCACUUCAGUGACCACCAGACGCUGCAGGACCUGCUCAGCCUCGACAGCCCGAGCAACGUCAUGCUCACCCAGUCCGACCCGCUGAUGUCGCAGGCCAGCACCGCCAUCGCCCUGCAGAACUCCCGCCGAAACGCCAUGCUGCUCCGCAAAGACCACAUGUUGGUGAACCACGCCAGUGCGGGCGAGGCCCAAAGCUCUUCAGUGCCUGGUUGGCAAGCUGGCUUGACAACCUCUGAGAAAGACGCCGGCCAACCUGACACCAAGCAACCGCACCUGAAGUCCCCCAGCAAGAACGCCUCCAUGCAGCUCGCAUCCGGGUUGUCCGGCCAGGAUCGCUUCCCCGCGGAUCUGGACCUCGACGUGUUCAACGGCAGUCUGGAGUGCGACAUGGACUCCAUCAUCCGCAAUGAACUGAUGGACGCAGACUGCCUGGACCUCAGCUUCGACUCCUGCCUCACCUCCGCCCAGAACGCCAACAGGAAUUCAGGAAGCUUCUCCAGCUCGAAACAGACCUCCCCUCACAGCUGGGUCCCCAGCUGAGGAGCUCUGUCACGUCAGCUUAAAAAACAGAAGUGGGGGGAAAAUGUAAAUUGGGGUUCGUUGUCCUGCGUUGUGCAACUUAGAGGGAAGAACGUGUGUAAAAGUGUAUUCAUGUAGUAUUUUUUUCAUUAUUUUUAAUGUGAGGCAUUAAGUUUGGUACUGUAUUCUAAGUGUCUGAGACACACAAUGGUGUCUUCACCGAGGAGAAAAAAAAAUUCUUUAAAAAGAUCAAUGCCUGAGCGUUGUGAACAACAUAUUGACUGGAAUGGAGGUACAGGACAUUUUGUUAAAACUGUAUGAAAAGCAUCAACUCGUGUUAGUCUCAGGGAAUCACUCAUGCAGUAUCACAAAGUGAUACAUAAAACUGAAGAUAAAUUCUGUUUUCACCCUGCUUUCUCUCCUCUUUCACACCCUUUCAUACCUAAAACAACAUUUUUGCCAAACCAGCUGUCAGCCUGUUGGGAGUGACAGCGUGUUUACAGAAAAAAAAAAAGCUGCAGAGAAUGUUACAUUAUUACGUUCCAGUGGAGGAUACUUGACAAGCU